GUUGGCAUGGCGUUGUGGCGACGAGGCUUCCAUCGGGGCAGCCAGGCCGCGACGUUUGCGACCAAGCAGUACAAGUCCAACUACGAGAAGCAGAUCGUCAUCUAUGCCAGCGAAGUCCCAGUCAUCUGCGGUGUGAACCCGUACCGGUGCAUCUCGGACGUCUUUCUCUCCACUUGGAAGCGCACCGACAAGGCCCUUGUCCAGCGGCUCGAGUCCCAGCUAGCGCCUGAGAUCCCCGCGACGAUCGAAGAGCGUAUUGAGCAGCUCGUGCAAGAAGAGCCUAUCGUGCAAGCGCUGCUUGACACGCCGUCCGUGACGACGGAGGACGUUCAGCGCGUCAAGGUCCAAGUAAAGAAAGAAGUCGAGGCCCUGCCGCAGUACACACCCGAGGAGAAGGUCGAGCUCACACAAGCACUCACAUCCACGAUCCAAACGCAGUUUGGCAUUGCACAGGAAGCGCAUGCUCUCACGACGUACGAGACGACAACGUCCAAGGCCGUGGAGCAGCGCAACGCCAAAUUCUGGUCCAAGCGCCUCGGACGCGUCGAGUGCAUCGACGGCGGCUACCGUAAUGUGCUUGUCGGUGGCCGCAUCGACGGGCUCGCGGGCGAGAGCGUCAUUGAGGUCAAGAAUCGCAUGACGAAGUUUAUGACGCCGCUACCCAAAUACGACGUGUACCAGCUGCAGACGUACCUGUACCUUCUCGACUCGGACGAAGGCGAGAUUGUCGAGCACCUCAAGAAGAAGGCCGACGCAAGCAAGUCGACCAAAAUCGCGCGGGACCCGGCGCUCUGGGACGAAAACGUGCUGCCGUACAUUGCUCGCUUUGCCCACUCGCUUGGGCGCUUUAUGGACGCGCCCCAGGAGACGCAUGCGUCCUUUCUCAAGCAGUCGGCCGAUGGACGCAAGGAGAUCAUUCGAUCGCUCUGGAUAGACGCACCGGGAAUACUCACUCAGUAGAGUUGGUUAAGGAAGACAAC